UAUCAAGUGUCAAAAAUGCCGAUUUUGUUUUAUGAAAAAACCAUCAAAUAAAUAAUAAAUAAAACAACUCAUAAAAAUACAAGUUUAUCAUUUUACAUCCUCAAAAACUAUUUUUUUGAAUAUCUACUAGUUUGUUCUCAUUACAAACAUGUCAGUAACAUCAACAAAAGAGUCCCUAUCGCAAGCUCUGCUGAGCAAAAUCAUACCAAAUCAAGAAUAUUUACUGCAAGGAUCUAUUGUUGAUUCAGCCGUUGACCAUUUGCUCCAUAGAUUAAAAGGUCUUUGUGAUAAUGUAGACGCUGGACCAGAACAAUUCCAUGAUUUAGAAGUUUGUCUCAGUCUAAGACCUCCCAAUCAAAUGCAACCACUCUUGCUUAGAGUUCGACGUGCUUUGGAUAUGGACAAAAAUAAUCCAUUUCAAUUGAGAUACAUUGGACAGCCUGAAUUGGAUCGUGCACGUCCGACUUUAGUAAGAUCAAGUAUUGAUAUGGGUUGUACAUCAACCGUACUUGAAUUCCUUACUGAAUUGGGAUGUCGAAUUGAUUUUGAAUAUGUUAGUCGAGGUUACAUGUUCCGGAAAGGAAGAAUGAAGAUAACAGUGGCAAAAAUUAUCAAAAUUACUCCUGGAAAGCAGGAAAUGAAUGAACCUAUUUCUCAAAGUUAUUUAGUAGAACUUUCAGUUUUAGCACCAAAUGGACAAGAUGCUAUUGGUGAUGAAAUGCGUGCCUUUGCCGAACAACUUAAGCCUUUGGUACAAUUAGAUAAAAUUGAUUAUAAACGAUUACCGUAAGUGAGAAAUAAAUGAAUCUUAUAUAUAAAAAUGAGUUC